AUGUCCACCAAUAGUGUGCAACUCAAAUCUCACUGGGAAACUGCAGCAGGAAACACAAACCUGGGUUUUGCAGCAGCAGCUCUGCUCAGCUACAAGAGCAUGCACAAUUCAGUCAACAACUUUUUUGAUUGGAUAGAGAAUCCAGAAGACCAAAAGCUCCAGAUCAACUCAGAAGUUGUGACUGUGGCCGUCACUAACCCUCACACAUCUUAUUUGCAGAAGCCAGUAACACUCACCUUCUCUCACCUGCAGCCUAAAGAGGGGAAUUUGAUUUGUGUGUUUUGGAACUCAACUUUAGAAGGUGGAGCAUGGUCCAGCAGCGGCUGCACCGUGGUCCAGUUCAGUACCAAUCAUACAGUCUGUUCCUGCACACAUCUCAGCAGCUUUGCUGUAUUAAUGGCCCUAUAUGAGCAGGAGAAUGUGUUUGAAUUGCAACUAAUCACCUGGAUUGGACUUUCGCUAUCGCUGAUCUGCCUGCUCAUCUGCAUACUGACUUUCCGCCUUGUUCGUGCCAUUAAGAGCGCUCGCACCACCAUCCACAUGCACCUCUGCAUCAGUCUCUUCAUUGCUGACCUUAUCUUUCUUGCUGGAAUCAGCCAAACCCAAAACAAGGUGGGCUGUGCGUUCGUGGCAGCCAUGCUGCAUUUCUUCUUUCUGGCAGCUUUCUGCUGGAUGUGUCUGGAGGGCGUGCAGCUGUUCCGCAUGGUGGUGCUUGUCUUUAACACCUCGGUAAAUUCUUACUACCUGAUGGCUGCUGGUUAUGGAGUUCCUGCCCUCAUUGUCGCCAUAUCAGCUGUUGUUAAUGCUGGAGGAUAUGGCACCAAGCACCACUGCUGGCUCAACCUGGAGAAGGGCUUCAUCUGGAGUUUCUUUGGUCCCGUUUGUGUCAUAAUUGCUGUGAAUGCAUUCUUCUUUCUCAUUACUGUAUGGAAACUGGCACAGAAAUUGUCAUCCCUUAACCCUGACCUAGGCAUGCUGCGCAAAAUCAGGACAUUCACCAUCACUGCUAUUGCACAGCUGUGUGUGCUUGGAACCAUGUGGAUCUUUGGCUGUUUUCAGUUUGACGAAAGCACACUUGCCAUGUCCUACCUUUUUACUAUCUUCAAUAGCCUGCAAGGAGUGCUGGUGUUCAUCAUGCACUGUCUGCUUUCAAAACAGGUGAGAGAAGAGUAUUCACGUUUCCUGUGCAGCAUGUGUACACCACAGAAGAGGAAAUACUCUGAGUUCAGCACGAACCAGUCCAGCAAAUCUCAGGCUUCCAAGAGCAUCCAAAAUACAGGGGAGUCGCACAUCUGAAGCACCUAGACCUUCAAUGUGACUUUGUCUGCAGCCUGGCUGACCUCUCUGUGGUUUA